AUGGUAUUUAUGGUAAUAAUCUCUGACAAGAGUCAGAACUAUGAAAUACGAUUAAACGAAUUAUAUAAUGACGGAGUACAAGAGCACAGAGACAGAUUUCUAUAUGYUCUUGUUAUUGCAUCACAUGGUGGUAGUUAUAAAUUUAUGGCAUACAUGUCAGUUGCUAAAUUUACUGAAAAUGGUCAGUUACUAGAUGCCGGCACAGAUCUUAACAUGGAAGGAGGUUUAGCCGAGUAUACAAAAGAUUUGAUUAUAUUGACAUCAGGUUGUCAAUUAUUAUCACUUAUUUCUAAUUACUUUUGGCUUCUAUGGCUCCUAGCACCGGGUCAAGCAUUUUGGAUAUUAUGGAAAAACUUUUUAGGACCCUAUUUUAUGCAAAAAGCGCCAGAAGAUAAUAAUUCCCCAGAAAUAAACGAAAAAAAACAAAAGAAACUAGAAAGGAGAAAAAAAAGACAGCAAAAUGUACGAUUUUAAUAAUUUUAGUUAAUAAAUUGAGCUUAAUUAUUUUUUAAAUUAAAUUUUAUUUUUGUUAUAACUGAAAU